CCACAACACACCCUGCCAGUGAUCUUACGCUGCGCAAUCCUGGGCAGCCCCAAAAGGCGGCUCACGAUCCGCGACAUCUAUGCGGCAAUGGAGAAAAAGUACCCGUACUACAAGACAGCGGGUCCUGCGUGGAAGCAAUCAGUACGGCAUCACCUAUCUCUCAAUCGCCUGUUUGAGCGCCAACCCCGUCCGGCGACGGACCCUGGUUUCGGAUCGUAUUGGACGGUGAACUUGAAUGCU